AUUUGGAUGCAUAUAUAAGCCGACAAAAUUCUCCACAAACAAAUCAUAGUCGAAUUGACAUCCCAAGAAUCCAGUACACCCCAUUAGAAAAUGAUCGCCUUCAAAAUUUUGAUUGUCGUUGCCUGCAUUGCCUUUGCCAUGGCUAGCGAAGUCGUCGAACAACAAGCGGCCGCUAUCGACUCAGAAAAUGGCAAGGAUCUGCAAACAGCCGAGGGUACCCUCGGAGUGUACGGAGGUUACGGCGGACUCGGUUAUGGGGGGCUUGGCUAUGGCAAUGGGUUGUACGGCAACGGACUCUACGGCGCUGGAUAUGGUCACGGAAUUGGUUAUGGAGCAGGUUACGGAGGUUAUGGUCUUGGAUAUGGAGGAUACGGAGCUGGUUACGGAUCAAACUAUGGACACAACCACGGACACAAUCACGCCAGUUCUGGUUACACGAGCAUCAACAAAGUGAUUAGCCAUGGAUCAAAGAGCCACAGCAACGCACAUGCCCUUGGACAUGGACAUGCUCACGGAUACGGCCAUCACGGACUUGCUUAUUAAUAUCCACCCUUCAUAAUGUAAAUCGGACUUAUAAAUCAUAGAGUACUAAUGUUCUUCGAGACCCUGUAUGGAUAGUAUGUUCACACGCAUAAAUAUA